AUGAGUCUGGUUUGCUUAAAAUGGCGACGGGAUGGGGAGGGCGAGAGCGAUAUGUUUCCAUUCCCUCUCUGCCCCCCCCCACAAUCUCCCGUUAGAAAUAACCCGCCACUUUGCCCUGCCGCCUGCGAUCAGCCCGGUUAUAGAGGGAGCUCUUUGCAAUUUACUGCCACCGAGCGGGCCCUGGCGAUAGACACAGAGAGAGAGGGAGGAAGGCACUGGCAGUCGGACGGACGGGGGAGGGGAAGUGAGUGGGAAGGAAGGCAGGCGCUGCUGUGGAGCGGCCGCAGCCGGGGAGCCGAGCCGCGGGAACAAAGAGGAAAGGCCCGGCCUCACCUCCCGCAUACUAGCAACCAGCCCCAGAGAGGACUCAGCCGCCGCAACCGCCCCUCCCCCAAGCGGGCCUUCGGACGGCGAGCAGAAGACAUCUUCUCCCAGCCCACGUCCAGCGACAAGAUGGCUUCCAACAGCCUGGAAUGGCAGUAUAGCCCUGGCGGCUGGCAGGCAGUCUUGCCCAAGAGGGCGAUGUCAGCCUGGAGUGCCUUCUUGUCCUGCUGUGGAAUUCUUGGAGGACUUCGGCACCUUCUGGGUAUUCCAGCAGCUCGGUGUGAAGGUCUCGACUUUGUGGUGGUCUCGUCCUUGCUUCAGAGGUGCAUCUGGGUCUUCCAAUGGUCCAGCAUAGAGAUCUUGUCUCAGCGUGUUUGUCUUGGCCCAGCCCUAUGUGGCAAUUUGGCCCAGUUUUACAGCAUACCCUGAACCCAGGAGUCAUUAAUUGAACUGUGAUGAACUUGUACUUUUUUUUCUUCUUAUUUAUGACUAUGUCAUUAAUUUAGACACUGUGAUUUAGCAACUUAUGUAACUUUCACUUUCUUUUUGUAAAAAUGCUCAUGACAACAAAUUGCUAUUCUAUUCGUAACUUGGCAAUUACUUUAUCUUCCUAAAUAGUCUAUGCAUAAAUGAAUAUUGUUCAGAGGCAACAAAAUAAAACCAGUCACUUAAAACCUG